CUGCUUUCAUGUUCCCAUGUAUUUCACAGGAAGAAACCAGUAUCAAACACGAGUGAUCCACGACGGGGCCCGCCUCUUCAAAACAAAGUGUGUGACAAGAAUCCAAGCCUACUGGAGAGGACACAUUGUUAGAAAGUGGUACAGAAACCUGAGGAAAACGGUUCCUCCCACAGAUGCCAAGUUAAGGAGAAAGUUCUUUGAAGAAAAGUUCACAGAAAUAAGUCACCGCAUACUGUGCUCAUACGACACCAACAUAGAAGAGCUCUUUUCAGAAAUCGAUCACUGCUUGGCCAUAAAUCGAAGUGUUCUCCAGCAGUUGGAGCAGAAGUGUGGUCAUGAGAUUACAGAAGAGGACUGGGAGAAAAUCCAAAUACAGGCUGUGCAGCGGGGGGUCUCCGAGUGCUCCAUCUGC